AUGGAAAAGAUGGAAGAGGAGAGCCUGAUUUCUGAACGUUGCACUUGUCCACCCGGACACAACCUUGCAGAAACAGAAUUGAAAGAGCUCAAGAACGAAGAUGCGGGUCUCAAGGAGGAGUUGGCACGGCUCGAGGGGUCCCAAGGCAACAGCCAGGUGGCCAAGGUGCCUCCCGGCCGUUUCGACUUACCAGCGAUCUUGGCUCAGCACCAGAAUGCAAGCGAACUCAGGAGCAGCUGUCGCAAACCAUCGCCGCAACCUCUUCCGAGUGCGAAAGGGAAGGCAGUGGAGAUCCCGAGCUUGCAGCAGAGGAAGACAGAGCAGGGCUUGGCCAAGUGUGCGAGCGGAAAGGUCACGCUGAGGGAUUUCCAGCCAGCCGGGGUAGCUGAGACCUGCUGUUCAACAUCGAAAGUGGCUUGUGCUGGUUGCGCCUCCUACACCGGCGGUCCUACCUGCCAGCACUGUGCCGAGGGCUUCAUCAUGCGUGAAGGCAAAUGCACGGCGUGCACGAGCUCCGGGGGCUGGCUCAGCCUGGACGGAAAAUCCUGCACGCAGCUGGCGGCGAGCGAUUGCAGCGACGAGAAGGUGAGAGGUCAAUCGAGCAACGAGGCUUGCUGCCAGUGUGGCGGUGGCGUAGUUACGCCGACGCCUUUCGCCUAUUCCCACAGCCGCUGGUCCCUCGACUCCAACAUCGUGAUGAUGCCCGAACCGCGCACGGCCGAUCGCUACACCGUGGAUGCGAAGUGCGAGCUGGCGGCGCACAACCUGACCAUGGACGGCUCUACAGGAGUGAUCUCCUACAUGCCAGGGCGGGCCAAACCCAUCGAGGCUUUCUCCUUCGAGUGCGAGGUCACGGCCCACCAAGCAACUGGUGUGAGCCUGCCUUCAGUGGUCACGAUCGCGGCGGAUGUGCUCAGCUACAGCUCUGCCACGCUGCUUUUCCACAGCGACAACGAGAAGGAGAUUCCACAGACAAGUGGAAACGGCUGGUCGAAGUUUGAACUUGGCUGCGCCCCGGAGGUCAGCUGGCUGAGCAUUGCGGAAUCCGAUGGCACAUUGAGUUACACAGCUCCAAGCGGGGCGAACGGAGGCGUCUCCGUCGCCGAUGACAAGUUCUUCGGGCAGGAUGGCGCCGUUUGCAUGGUCACUGCUUGGCAAGCACACAAGAAACACAAAACCACCUUCGUGGCAAUCCGCCCACGACCGUGGCCCAAGCUGGAGUAUGACAUGGAGGCCGUGUCGGUGAGCCUUGGUGAGGAGCUGCACCCGCUGAGCCCCAAACCGAUCAAGGAGCAGGGACUCAUGAAGCCCUGGACCUAUGCCAUGGCAUGUGACGUUUCCGGAGCAGAUGGAUCUACCAAGUUCAGCUACGACCGUAUCUUGAACAUGGGACUUCUUGCUGGCCACCCCAUCCUCGACAUCAGUCCGGAUGGAGCCAUCACCGUGGCCCCAACAAGCACGCUGAGUGAGGUCUUCGAUGCACUUAGCGUGACGGGAUCACAGCGCAAGGCGUUCACUUUGAGCUGUCGAGUCUUCGGCAUCUUCCCUGAUCCAGACCUCGCCCCAGUGGAAGCGACGCUGAGCAUCGUAGUGCAGGAUACCGUGUGCUGGGUUCCGCAGCACAUCAAGGGGACCGGUAUGCCUGACCCCAGCGCCAACACCGAGGCCAAGUGUCGAUCCCAAUGCCGCGCAGACGAGACCUGUGCAAACUACAAGUUUGACAGCCAAUGUGUGAGGUAUGAUGUUCGCUCCGACGGCAAUCCCGUUACGGUCGUUGCCAAGGUUACCAACUGUACCAACGAGGGUACUUGUAUGAAAGUGACACAUUCCGACUGGUACCUCGCCGGUACCUACUGCCCUCUUGGCAGAGAUGCAGUGUUGGGUGGCAUCGUGUACCUCCGGGAGCAUGUGACGCAGCAGGACAUGGUGUAUCUUCGAGAGGGAGCAGCAGGUGGCUGCGGUGCCGGCGAGUGGGCUUUGCUUGCACCGUCAAGUGGAGACUUCAUCGACAAGGGCCUUGGCCUCUUCGAGCUCCGGGGCACGCGGCAGGCGUGCAUCAGCAGUUCCUCUGUGGAGCAUGCGCUUCGCAUGUGUUCCUCGAAGGAGUUGGCCUGGAUCGAAGAUCAGGAAGAGGACGAAGAGGGUCAGCCGUACCUAGUGCUGGAUGACCCGGGGACCGCUCAGCCAGCCGACUACUGGCUACAUCCCUGCGAUUGCGCACCCGAUGCUUGGGGACCUGACCUGCCAGUGGAUCCGCAAAUGUACGAGCAUCUCCCGGCCAACAGCAGCAACCAAUUCAUUCCGACCCCGUACGUCAUCGUCACGGGGCAGCUUGUCUGCCCCUCGCGGCAACUACUGGGAGGCGGCAUCGGCGUGCAUUUCCAGUCAGAGGAGGAGGUACUGGAGCCGGCAGACUGCGAGGCCCGGUGCCGGGAGCAGUCGACCUGCCUCUUCUUCUGGCAUGGGUCCCAACACGGCGCAGCGACCUGCCGUUUGUUUACCGGCUGCGACAAUCUUGUGCGCGAGUUCAGCUUGGAGGGUGACCUGAAGGCAAUGCCACGCAGCCCGAGCUGCUCAGUUUCUGAUGCCGCAAAAUGUUGGGCGACGUCCCUGCGCAGGAGCUUCCUGUCCAUGGCUUUCAAUGCAAAUGGCGGAAACUCCGUGGCGGCUGGCGGGACUGUCGGUCUCAAUCUGCCACCGAAGCCAGCAGCACCUCCGUCUGACGGAAUGUUUGCAUGGUUUGAGAGCGAGAACGCAGGGUCCGUUUGGCGCAGCUCCGUGGGAGAUUUUGAAGGCUAUUGCAGCAGGAACAGCGUGUACCGUCGAGUGGAAGCGGGCUAUGGUGCCGACCGCCCUGUUACCUUCAUCGAGGGCUACACCUCGUCAGGCUUCACCUUCGGUAACGUGCUACCCCCGACCCACAGCAUGUGCUCCGUCAGUCGCUACAGCAGAGAUCGAGAUGGUGGGUCCCACAGAGGCCGGAUCUUGCAAUCCAAGCACGGCAGGAAUUGGUUACAUGGCCAUUGGUCAAACAAGGCGGGUGUCAUCCACUACAAAACUUGGGUCACAUCGAAGGACAGGCACCCGAAUGUGCUCGAUUGGCUGGUACUGUGCAGUACCAACGGCGCGACACGUGCCUUCGAUGGCAUGUCUUCGGGCACCCCGACCAACAUUGCGACCAAAGCGCCGAAAAAGUUCACCGACACAAUACCUCUGUACGUCAACCAUGGCUACGACGAAAAGUCUGAUUUCGCAGUCAUGGAGGUGAUCACCUGGGACAGGGUGUUGUCAGAGGAGGAGAUGCUGGCCACUGUCGAUUACUUGAAGUGGAAGUUGAGGGCAGGAGCCGUGCUUGAGGCAUCGGAACACCUUGCCACAGAAUCCCAGCACAACUUGGAUUCGUGGGGCGUUCAAGACUUAAACAAUCUCGAGUCCAAGACGACCGAGGUCACUCUUGCCAACAACUACAAAGCAGACCUGGCAGGCUGGACACACACUCGAUACUAUGCACGGGGCUUCAUCACAAACAAAAACGGCGUAUCCACGGCCGUCGUGAAAGGCUUGACACCCGCAGCACAGUACAUAUACCAGAUCUACAUGGUACAUGAGUUGUCCAACUGGCUGGGUGAAGCCAAGGUGUCCGUGAACCACGGGGUGCAGGCGCGAGCCAAGCAGAAUGGCUUGAACGAGGCCAAGUUCUCCGGGGUAGCAGUGGCAUCGCCCAGAGGCGAGAUCAAUUUCGAGUUCGAGCGCAUCUCCCCACAUUGCCAGCUCAGCAGCAUCGCCAUCGCAAAAGUAGGGCCAAGCAGUGUUGUCAAGCCUGCGGACCCACCAUCGCAGGGCAUGUAUGCCUGGUUUAAGAGCGAGAACGCAGGGUCCGUUUGGCGCAGCUCUGUUGGAGACUUUGAGGCAUAUUGCAGCAGGAACACCGUGUACCGGCGCGUUGCGGCCGGUAAUGGUGCCGACCGCCCUGUUACCUUCAUCCAGGGCUACACAUGGUCCGGUUUCACCUUCGGUGAUGUGCUUCCCCCGACCCACAGCGUGUGCUCCAUAACGCGCUAUGCCGGUUCGAACAGAGGCCGGAUCUUGCAAUCCAAGCACGGCAGGAAUUGGUUACAUGGCCAUUGGUCCAACAAGGCGGGUGUCAUCCACUACAAUACUUGGGUCACAUCGAAGGACAGGCACCCGAAUGUGCUCGAUUGGUUGGUACUGUGCAGUACCAACGGUGCGACACGUGCCUUCGAUGGCAUGUCUUCGGGCACCCCGACCAACAUUGCGACCAAAGUACCGAAAAAGUUCACCGACACAAUACCUCUGUACGUCAACCAUGGCUACGACGAAAAGUCUGAUUUCGCAGUCAUGGAGGUGAUCACCUGGGACAGGGUGUUGUCAGAGGAGGAGAUGCUGGCCACUGUCGAUUACUUGAAGUGGAAGUUGAGGGCAGGAGCCGUGCUUGAGGCAUCGGAACACCUUGCCACAGAAUCCCAGCACAACUUGGAUUCGUGGGGCGUUCAAGACUUAAACAAUCUCGAGUCCAAGACGACCGAGGUCACUCUUGCCAACAACUACAAAGCAGACCUGGCAGGCUGGACACACACUCGAUACUAUGCACGGGGCUUCAUCACAAACAAAAACGGCGUAUCCACGGCCGUCGUGAAAGGCUUGACACCCGCAGCACAGUACAUAUACCAGAUCUACAUGGUACAUGAGUUGUCCAACUGGCAAGGUGAAGCCAAGGUGUCCGUGAACCACGGGGUGCAGGCACGAGCCAAGCAGAAUGCCUUCAACGAGGCCAAGUUCGCCGGGGUGGCAGUGGCAUCGCCCAGAGGCGAGAUCAAUUUCGAGUUCGAGCGCGUCUCCCCGCAUUGCCAGCUCAGCAGCAUCGCCGUUGCAAAGGUGAUAGGCACAACAGCGGGCGUUCUGCAGCAGGUUUCCGCCGCCGCCGCGGUGCAGACGCAAGGAUUCGCUUCUAGUGGCUUCAUGUACCUACACCUCUACCAGCAGUGCGACACCAUACUUCUCCUCGGAGGCAUGGGUGUGGAGCAGUGCGGAAGGCCCAGCCACAGAGAGAUCGACUCGCACGACUGGCAACACAAGAGGCCGUUGCCGCCAGCUUUCCAGCACGGAACUCUCCUGAUGGCUUCAUGCUGGAGUGAGCGGUACAGGCUUUUGCGACAGAACCGUCUCUCUGACACAGAACGAUUGCAGUGUGUCAACGGGGAUUGGUACAACAGCCUUGGGAAGCCAGGGCUCAACGGUCUGGCUUGCGAAGCAUGCAUGCAGGUCGGAGCUCGAGGUUACGCGGCCUACGACGAGCGGAACGAGCAGGAGCUCUACUUCUUCAACCGAAUGGCCCUGAGCAUCUACACCGAGCUCGGCAUGGUCAAGGAGCUGGAUGUGCAUGCCAAGCACAAGUACUGCCUGCAGCCAUCCGGUGACGGGAAUAUGACGGUCCAAGCAAGCAAUGCUUGCCCUGAGCGUUUGGUUGCGCAGGUCACAGGCUGGGCGGGCCCGGAAGCCCGGCUCUUCAAGCUGCUUCCUGUCACAGAGGACGCCGAGCAGUGCUUGAGCACGAAGGGUGAUACCUCUGGGCUCAUGCACACGAACUGCAAUGCGACGGAUUCGGCACAGCACCUAGAGCCAGCAGAGCUGCCUACUGACAUGUGGGACCUCCACAUCGAGGCGGACGAGCGCACACAGGAUCUCCACAAGCCCUUCUCCUCCUACUGCGGCACCAGCGGAGCCUUGAGCAGCCUCGACUUCGGCCAGCUUUUCGCAGGUGACACAGGAACCAGCCAGACGGCCUGCAAGUUCGCGCCGCUGAUUCAGUUCGGUGAGUUCGUGGAUACUGGCAUCGUGCGAUCGAAGACCACCACGAACUGGAAGGAUUGGCACCACCUCCUUGCAGAGAACUACGUGGAAUGCGCAUCGGGCGAAGCUUUGACGGCCUUCAAGCUGGAUGCUGCCAAGAGCAUCUACAAAUACGAGUGCAGCAAGAUUGGCGGCUUGGGCGCCUGCUUCGACUACUACAGCGCCCAGGUCGAGAUCUCCAGCUUCAGCCAGUCGAUCAACCACUGGGCAAAGUCGAUUCGCAUGAUGCCGGUGAGCUGUGGGCAAAAUGCGGUGCUGGGCAGCUUCCACUUCGAGUUCUCAGAGGGGGGGAAGUGGGGUCGCGUUCGCUACCAGUGCUGUAAAGCCGGUGGGGCGCCAGUGAGCUUCGACCCUCGCGGGCAACUGCCCGAGCUGGUGGGCCGCUACGACGGCAUCUACUGCCCGAGCAGCCGUGAUGCCCACAGUGGCCGGGUGAAGUUUGAAGGUGGAUCCGGGCUCACAUUGUCUUUCGAGCGCAAAUCCGGCCAAUGGUGCUUGGAUUCCGAGUGCUCCGACGUCACCGACAGCGCAUCUCCCCUGGGAAUCAAAGGUGCUGCUUUCGAAGUGGUAAACGUGAGCGAUUUCGACGGCGAAUUCCUCGGGCAGAUGCCCAAAGAGAAAAGCAAGGUUCUGUCCUUGGAGGAGGCCUUGCGCAUGAAGCCUCCGCGACGCCCUCCGCAGCCCCCGAUGCCCGAGUUAGAGGAGUUCAAAGCACAGCAGCCGAAGUACGCUGCGGAGUGCUUGAACUACGAGAAUCUCUGGAAGGACGUCUCGGAGACCUUCAAAGACGAGGAGGACGAGGAAGUGCAGACAACAUCCAAGUUGGAGGCGGAUCCGUCCACGAAGGAGCAACAGCUGGACUCAUACCACCCCUGUGAAGUGGCCAAGAGUGCGGGCGGCAUCUUUGGUCAGUGGGGUGGAGGAGACGGGUCGACUGCUCCAGACAAUAUGAUGUAUGCGGACUGGAACGAUUGCAUGCAAGGCGACAUCGAGCGCGAUUUGGCCGCUGCGCGGGUGGACUAUCAUGACUCAUUGACCGAAUUCAUCUUGGAUCUCACGGAGGAGACUUUGGGUGCGGUGUGUGGUGUUAUUCCGGAUGUGAUGAUUGCCCCAUUCGGUGCCGGAGUGGCUCUCAAUCCGGGUGAGAUCUGCAAUGGUAUUUCGGAGCUCGUGGGGGCCAUCUCAAACUUUGCCGGCCCCGCGAGUGGGUUCCACUUCGCGAGGCAGGAAUGGUCCAUUGAGCAAGAAGGCUACGCAGCGUGCAAUCCCAUGCAAAUCGGGUUUGCACGCGCCUUCUGCGACAUCCACUGUGUGCGGGAUGCCGUGAUCCGGGGCGAUCGGUCCAUCAUCCGUAACCUUGAGAUGGCAACGAAGAAGACUAACAACAACUUGAAGGCUCUGGUCAAGUGGUCAGUCGAUGCUUCUCACACGGACAUCGGGUGGAUUGGCGAGAAGCUGGACUAUAUGCACAUUAUCAACACCGCCUACAUGCAGGAAAUCCACGACGCUUGGGCGAAUAGUGGCUCUUUUCGUGUCGUCCGCCCGUAG